AAAACAGCCCAAGCAACACAGCAAAUCAAGUCAUCAACUUCAAGGAAGCUUCACGAUCAUCAGACUUCACUGCUUUACUUAACACUAAUCUUUAGCUAUGCAGACGCUACUUCUGCCGGCCGGUCGUUCAGCGGCAGCUGCGACGGCUUUAACACUCUGUCCGCCACUUCCUCUCCUACACCGACACCGGCAAACAACUCUCCAACCACUCAAUUCUCCUAACUGUUGGCAAAAACUCAAAUUAAAGCAAUCAGUCUCAUACCCUUGCGCUUCAUUGUCUUAUGAUCCUCUUAAAAGCAGGGAUUCGAAUCUCUCCUUUACUAAAACAAACGCUUCUUCUCCUUCUUCUCCACUUUCUCCAUCUUUCACUCCCUCAAACGACGACGUUGAGAAGGCCAAGCUAGCUCAGGUAGCGAAGAGAUUAGAAAGUACGUCGAGGUAUUUUAAGAGGCUUGGCAGUUUAGGGUUUUGGGGGCAACUGGUAUGUACAGUUGUAGCAGCUGUUAUUCUUUCGUUUUCUGUUGUAGUCACUGGGAAAAUCUCUUCCCCUCCCACUUUCUAUGCCACUGCUGGUGGGAUCGCAGCUGCAUUUAUUUCAGUUUUCUGGUCAUUUGGGUAUAUUCGGCUUUCUGAUAAGCUCCGGAAAACUGCUAAUGACCCUUCAAAGGCACCUCCUCGUGCUGAUGUGGUGAAGAGCUUGAAAAAUGGCAUAGUAGUGAAUUUGUUGGGAAUGGGAGCUGCUAUUCUCGGUAUGCAAGCAACAGUGGGAUUAUUGGUUGCAAAGGCUCUUACUUCUUCUGCAAAUCCUUAUUACCAGGGAAUUUCCCCUGGUUACAGUCCAGUCCUUGCAUUGGACGUAUUUUUGGUGCAGGCAUCAGCAAACACCAUCCUUUCUCAUUUUCUGGGGCUUGUUUUCUCCUUGGAGUUGUUGCGCUCAGUGACAUUACCAGCUGUAGAAAGUAUUCCUGUCCCAAGAGUUGCAUAAUAUCUUUCUUGUACCAAUUGCCAGGUGAAAAAAUUGAUUUUGCAGCUGAAAUGUAGAACCUUCACUUUAAGGUUUACUCAAAUAUGGGAAAAAGAAAAUGUGCGUUUUUAGUUUAAGGUCUUGUAAAGCACCAUUUGAGUGAAAUUUCAUUGAUUUUAAAUAUUUGAGUUAACCUACCGAUGACAAAUUAGAGCUCCAAUGCACAGUCUGUGUAAGCCUGCAAGGGUAGGUCCAUUAUCAUAUCAUGUAUGUUGCCAAUCUGUUAAUAAAUCUCAUCAAGAAAGAGAACUUUGUGCGAAA